CGGGAAUUCGGGCCUCAGAGGGCACUGCAUGGCCGCAUGGGUUGCAGCUCCAACGCCAGAACAUCGCCGUCCUACAAAUGCAUUCCUGACUAUGCCUACACAUUACACCACUCUCGCGCUUCCGGUGAUGAGCUUUUAGCUGCUCAUUGCUUGCAGAAGCCUGGCAAAGACUGAAUCGAUGAGGAGGGAGAAACCCCCUCGAGAGAGCAGCGGUCAAGAUGCCAGUCCCGUUUCUCGGGCGCCUUAAUAUAACCGAAUAUGUCGCCCUUGUCGGGUCCUUUCUUCUAGUGGGCCUCGAGGCCUUCAUCCGCGUGUUUACCCUUGCAUUACCGCCGGCGCUGCUGGAGCUGCUCUAUGGCCUAUCUCGGCGCUUGUUCAACAAGCUCACUACUCCGGCGCAAAAGCGGGCUGAACGCAGGAGAAAGUCCAUUUCCACCUCAAUUCGAAACACGUCCGACUUCGUCGAUCUGUGUGCCAUGUUUGGGUAUACUUCCGAAGAACAUGUGGUACAGACCAAGGAUGGUUACCUUUUGGGGCUGCAUCGGUUGGCAUGGCGCAGAGGGGAGGAGGACACCAAGGUCAACAACCGCGGCGCGAAGAGCGUCAAGAAACGGGUCGUGUACCUUCACCACGGGCUUCUGAUGAACAGCGAGGUUUGGGUCUGCCUGACGGAUGAGCAGCGAGCUCUGCCUUUCGCCCUGGUAGAGAAGGGGUACGACGUUUGGCUCGGCAACAAUCGCGGCAACAAAUACUCCAAGAAGUCCAUCCACUCUUCGCCGACUUCGGUCAAGUUCUGGAACUUUUCCAUAGACGAGUUCGCCUUCCAUGAUAUCCCCGACACCAUUGACUACAUCUUAGAGACUACCGGGCAGCCAUCGCUGUCGUACAUCGGUUUCUCGCAGGGCACCGCUCAGGCGUUCGCCAGCUUGGCGGUGCACCCCAAGCUCAACGACCAAGUCAACGUCUUCAUCGCCCUCGCGCCGGCCAUGUCGCCCGCCGGCCUGUCCAACGGGGUCGUCGACGCGCUGGUGAAGGCCUCGCCCCAGGUCCUCUUCCUCCUCUUCGGCCGCCGAUCGAUCCUCAGCUCGGCGACCAUGUGGGAAUCGCUGCUGUACCCGCCGCUCUUCACCAAACUCAUCGACCUCGGCCUGUCCUUCCUCUUCAACUGGCGCACGCAGAACAUUAGCGCCUCCCAGAAGCUGGCCGCCUACCCGCACCUGUACUCCUUCACCAGCACCAAGUCGGUCGUGCACUGGUUCCAGAUCAUCCGCACCAAGUCGUUCCAGAUGUACGACGACGACGUGCACCCGCCCCUGCUCCUCACCUCCAGCAGCAAGUACACCAAGGUGGCGCGGUACCCGACGCGCAACAUCAGGACGCCCGUCGUGCUCGUCUACGGCGGCAGCGACUCCCUGGUGGACAUCAAGGCCAUGCUGCGCGAGCUGCCCGCCCAGACGGUGGCCAACGAGAUCCCGCACUACGAGCACCUCGAUUUCCUAUGGGCAAGGGACGUGGAUGAGCAGGUCUUCCCGCACGUGUUUGACGCGCUGGAGAGCUUUGUGGGCGCGGAGCAUACGCGGGAGGAGUACGCGCGGUAUCAGAUCAAGAGGCAGAACUCGAAUCUGCAUCAGGCCAUGGCCAUGGCUGACGGGGUGAGGAAGUAUGCCGCUGCUGCCAGUCUUAGGGGAAGUGACGAUGUGGUGGAUAGCGACGUGAGCACGGCGGUGGGCGGCGUUGGGGAGAGUGCGAGUACCCAUGACGAGGCUAAUGAUGCGGAGGACGAGGGUGAACGGCGGCCACCGCGACAUAGGGGAAUCACCAGGCCGAGAGCUGGCUCGAAGACCAGCAGUGUGGCAGCCCCUCGAGAGCAGCGAAGUGAGGUCGCAGGGCAAGACCCCCUCUUGCCGUCUGUCUCAUUGUCUACCAGUCAUGCGCAGGGUCCGGGGCCGGAGGUUCUCCGAUUCGGCGACGCGGCGGUAGUGGAUACAGCGGGGGUGCCGGUGGUUGAGCAAGAUGCCGGAGCUCCGGUCCCCACUAGUCCGACUCGACCGAAAAGGAGAGGCACGGGAUCGAGCCAGAUGUCUCCGGAUUCGAUGAAGGGCGGCAAGGGAAUUAGGCUGGGUGCAAGUACGUGAUGGCCUGUUGGGAAAAACGUGUCCGGAUUGCUGCUGACUGGGAUGGCGCAGGCAAAGCCGUGGGCGGAGUGACGACCGGUGGCAUUGAUGAUGUUGCCGGUUUGAAGGGAGACCGGGUGAGCUCGUCUCCUGGGGGAGCGCACGAGGGCGGGAAGCGCUCGUUGACGGGGUUCUGGUAGGAGGGUUGUUUCAUUGCAGCUUUCGCCCUACCUAUGGUGAGACAUCUAUGGCGAGACGACCGGAUAUGUCACGGUAGCUAAGUUGCUCCACGUCAUUGCAUCAUUGGGUUGCGGAGCAGAUUCGGAGAGGCGGCAGUGGAAGUCCUGAAGCCUUGAAGGGCAGGCACGGGGAGUUAUAAGGUACAGAAUGGACCUACGGUAGAGCUGCAUUAUUACAUAGAAGAAUUCAUCAUCCUGCUCACAG